CAUAACUUGAACAAUUUCCACAAUCUGAACAACUUCCACAACUUGUUCCACAACCUAUCACGGAAAGCUCCUCUAUGAAAUAUUAUCGUGUGCCCGCCGGAACUGGUCCUCCGGAAGUAGGUGAAAAAUACACAAUAUUACAUUGGCCACUUCACCGAAUAAAUGCCUUGUCACAAGGACCCCUCAAAGGGGAAUACAAAUUAGAUGAAAAUAAUGUGAAGUUCUACCAAACUACGAAGGAUGGCUUUGUAGUGCCUGGCUGUUCAAGUUUCGUACCUCUAAACAGCAGACACAAUGUUCCGAGUCGACGGUUACUAGGUCCGGAAUCUCCUUGUUAUUUUCUUUCUCCGGGGACAGUCCUUCCUGAUGGACUUGCUAUCGUCUACACUAAGAAAAUGAAGACUAGGUUUCCUUCGGACUUACAACAUUUAUGGCACUUCAAUAUCUUUCCCACUAGAAGCAUGACGCUUCACGAAUAUUCAAAUAUGAUAAAAAAUCUUGAUUGGAAGCCAUGUAAUAUUAAGGUAGGUGCAUCACCAGAUAAACUGGUAUCUAAAAACGACGACAUCGAUGGUUUGAAAAGCAUCGAAAUUCUUGGGUUAUAUUUCCUUAUGUCAUUGUGGUACGAUCAAGCGACCAAUUCCAUGGAUCGCCUUCAGGCAAAUGAAAUUCAUACAUGGAUUUCUUUGGAUAAACCCACAUUUCAAGACUUAAUUUGUGAUGAGGAUCGUUCAUUUUAUGUGUUCUCGAUGCUCGACCAAUUAAAGACAGAAUCUGUUACAUUAGAAACUUAUUGUGCUGAUAUUUUAGGCGAAUUAGAAGAUAGAUUUAUGUGGAAAGAAUCAGAUUUCUUUGAUCCUAAGUGAAGGAUUAUUGAAGAGUUGAAGAUUGAUGAUCGCACAGACAUCUUCAUCAACUGACAGUUUUUUACUUUAGACAGAU